AUGAAGCAGUGGGAGCUGGAGCAGAGCAUGGCAAACACCUUUGUGACAGUACCUGAUGGGUACUGUCUUAGUGAGCCAAUUCAGUAUUAUGAUGUUUUACCGGAACACAUCAGUUAUCCAUUGCAAGACCUUGACUUCCAGACCGCUCCUUAUUGCCAAUAUUCAACCGUUCAGUUUCCUCCAGUGCUACAAACACCAUCUCCCCAGUCUCAGUACAGUGCAUACAACUUGGACUCUCAAUACAACGAUGGGCAAUACAUCAUCAGCAACUGUGAACUCACCAAGCCCACCUGCAUGGGCAGCCAUAAUGAUGAGAGUGGAUAUCCUGGACAGAAAAGACCCAGGCUUAGUCACUGCUCCUUGAGAAUAAAGGGACAGGAAGAGCUCUGCGUGGUAUGUGGAGACAAAGCUUCAGGAUAUCAUUAUAAUGCACUCACCUGUGAAGGCUGCAAAGGAUUUUUUCGACGCAGCAUCACCAAAAAUGCAAUCUACAGAUGCAAGAAUGGCGGUCACUGUGAAAUGGAUAUGUAUAUGAGGAGGAAAUGUCAGGAGUGUCGCCUCAAGAAGUGCAAAGCUGUGGGAAUGCUUGCUGAAUGUCUAUUGACAGAAGUCCAGUGUAAAUCAAAGCGACUCAGAAAGAAGAGCAGUUUCCUUUGUAACGUCAAAGUGGAAGAUGAGGGAGUGGACAACAAACAUGUAUCCUCUACAACCAAACCUUUAAAAGUCCAGGAAAAGAUAGAAUUUACUUCUGGGGAACAUCAGCUCAUUGAUCAUAUUGUUGCUGCUCAUCAAAAAUGCACAAUUCCCCUGGAAGAAGCAAAGAAGUUUCUACAGGAAACUACCAAUCCUGAAGAGAACUUUCUACGACUUUCAGAAUCAGCUGUGGUUCAUGUGCAGGUACUAGUGGAUUUUACAAAAAGACUCCCAGGGUUUGAAAACUUAGCCAGUGAUGACCAGAUUGCAUUGCUGAAAGGCUCCACAAUUGAAACAAUGUUUUUACGUUCUGCCCAGAUAUACAAUGAGCAAGCUAUUGAAUGCCAGUCAUCAUUCAGUGAAAGCCAUGUAAAAUUUUCUCACCAUCCUGUGUGUGGUCAAGAUAAAAAUACUAUUUACUCCAUAGAAAUGCCUCAUACGGAAGAAAGUCCAACAUCAACUACUACAACAGGUAUCACUGAAGAAUUUAUUACCGCACUAUUUUACUUUUACAGAAGCAUGGGAGAACUUAAUGUGACUGAGACAGAGUAUGCUCUGCUUGUUGCAACCACUGUAUUUUUUUCAGAUCGUCCACUCCUAAAAAGCAAACAACAUGUGGAGAAACUCCAGGAACCAUUUUUAGGAAUUCUGUACAAGUAUUCAAAAAUUUAUCACCCUGAAGAACCGCAACAUUUUGCACGUCUCAUUGGACGGCUCACUGAACUCAGAACCCUCAAUCACAACCACUCAGAAGUGCUAGUAACUUGGAGAACAAGGGAUCCUAAGCUAAACUCUUUACUUUGUGAAAUUUGGGACUUGCAUUAA